GGGACGAUCAUCCGGGGUUCAGGGAGGUCGAUCCAUGGAUCGCCACGCAGACGAGGUCAAGGUAGCCGAGCACCGACCGACGAGCCCCCCGACUUCGUUCCUUGUCGAUCACCACAUGGGAUAUUCCCAGGGGUAGAAAUCUGUGCCAGGAUGCGUCUUAAUACCUGUCUCGCUCCUGGGGUGUUGUGACGACUGCAGCGACAUGGCCAAUUACUCGGCCCCCGUCGAGGGCAUCACCGGGGGAUAUACGGGCGACAGCCUGGCAAUCCAGGCGGCUCUGGCUUGUUUCUUGGGUUGUGCGCUGUACAGCGCCAUCGAGCUGGUCAUCCUGGUCUUCCUCACCUUCCACGUCUACCGGGGUCUCUACUUCUGGAGCCUACUCAUUUCGACCGCGCUCGGCAUCAUCCCUCAAGCCCUAGGCCUGCUGUUGAAAUACUUCAUGCUGGCCCCGAUCUGGAUCCCAGUGACCCUCUCCACGUUUGGGUGGGCGAUCAUGGUCACCGGACAAUCGGUAGUCCUAUACUCACGACUACAUCUCCUGACAUCCAACAAGAAAGUGCUCCGAUUCGUACGAUACAUGAUCAUAAUCGACGCCAUCGUCUUUCAAAUCCCACAAAUUAUCCUCUCCUACGGCUCCGUCUACGGCAGCUUUCGAUACUCCUACAUCUACAACAUCUGGGCGAAGGUGCAGCUGACGGGCUUUUUCGUGCAGGAGAUCAUCAUCUCCACGAUCUUCAUUGUGCAGACAUUCCGACUGCUCCGUUUAUAUCCCCAUCGGAGUAAGCGGCGCACGAGCAUCAUGGAGCAAUUGCUGGUGAUUAAUACUGUGAUUAUUAUGAUGGAUAUUUCGCUGCUGGCGUUGGAGUAUAUGGAUUUAUUUAUCCUGCAGACGGUGUUGAAGACGUUUUCUUAUACGGUCAAGUUGAAAUUGGAGUUUGCGGUGCUGUCACGAUUGGUGUCGUUUGUGCAUUAUGAUCCUGAGCUGGGGUCGUCGACUUUGACUGGUAGCUAG